UCUUCUGGCUGAGCGCGUGACACACCAGAGCUCAACAUAGCAAUCAAAAACUUUAGGGAAAAAAAGCUAAUUUAGAUCAUAAAACUGUUUUUAAAAAAGAUUUUUUUAACAGAGUAUGACCCCAGCUUGUGUUUCUUCAUGGAUCUAGUGGAGCUUUAUCAGCGCGACUUCCUGGAUAUGAUGCCCAUCAGCAGUCAUUGCCCCGCCUUCAUCAAGGCCGAGCCCUUGAGCCCCACCUCCUUGAUGCAACACAGUCCGGAAGGAUCGUCAUCGGACAGCUACGGCUCUGUAACGAGGGGUGACCAUGGGGGCGUGGCCUCGCCAGGUUCAUAUCAUACCUCAGGGACGGGGCUUAGGCCCGAUUCGGUUCCCGAGCUGCAGGUGAAGAGCGAGUUUGAAGUGAGUUCGGGGCCCAAGCGCUUGUGUUUGGUGUGUGGAGACGUCGCGUCCGGGUUUCAUUACGGCGUAGCGUCCUGCGAAGCCUGCAAAGCCUUCUUCAAACGCACUAUUCAAGGCAGUAUUGAAUACACGUGUCCAGCGAGCAGUGAGUGUGAGAUUACUAAGAGGAGAAGGAAAUCCUGCCAGGCCUGUCGCUUCACCAAGUGCAUCUCAGUGGGCAUGCUGCGAGAGGGUGUGCGUCUAGAUAGAGUUCGAGGAGGUCGUCAGAAAUACAAACGCAACAUAGACUCAGACAGCAACUCUUACCUCAACAUGCAGUUACCACAAACACACAAGAGAACACGCACAGAGUCCUACAACAUUGAGAACAAGGUGGUGUCUCACCUGUUGGGGGCGGAGCCAGAGAAGGUGUACGCCAUGCCGGACCCCGCCCUCCCUGACGAUGACAUCAAAGCUUUGACCACACUGUGUGAUCUCGCUGAUCGUGAACUGGUGCUUAACAUUGGCUGGGCUAAACACCUUCCGGGUUUCUCCAGUCUCUCUCUGCCAGACCAGAUGCGUCUCCUGCAGAGUGCAUGGAUGGAGAUCCUGAUCCUGCGUGUGGUCUUCCGUUCGCUGGAUGCUCAGGACAGCCUGGUGUUCGCCGAGGACUAUGUGAUGGACGCCGAGCAGGCGAGGCGAACCGGUUUGCUCGAGCUCCACGCGGCCAUACUGCAGCUCGUCAGGAAGUACAGAGCCAUGGGCCUCGAGAGGGAGGAGUUCGUCACACUCAAGGCCAUUGCGCUCGCCAACUCAGACUCUAUGCAUAUCGAAGACAUUGAAGCAGUCCAGAGGCUGCAGGACUGUGUGCACGAAGCGCUGCAGGACUACGAACAGCGUCGCCAUGGUGACGACCCGCGUAGGGCGGGCAAGCUGAUCAUGACCCUCCCCCUACUGCGACAGACCUCGGCCAAGGCCGUGCAGUAUUUCUGCAGCAUCAAGCAGGACGGCCGGGUGCCCAUGCACAAACUCUUCCUGGAGCUUCUGGAGGCCAACACCCAGCCCUCGCCCUGAUUGGACCACAGCUCUGAGGUGACUCCGCCCUCACCGGAGCUCUUUAGAAGGGCGCAGUGCUGAAUCGAAUAAGAACCAUGAAGAAUGUAACUAAAGGUUAAUGGUAGAGGAACAAAGGGGGGGGGGGAGAAGAUUGUAUAAAUGAUUGUAAACAUAAAAGGAAUGAUUUAUUGAAGAAACCACACCUGGGACUUGAGACACCAUGUUGCUUUUACUGCUGUGCUAAUUUAAGAUGACUUUUCUUUUUUACUGGUGCUUUAAUAUGAAGAUAAGGAGACGAAUGUGAUGUUGGACUUGCCAAAGAAAAGGGAACUCAUCUCUGAAGAGGAAAGCUUUGACGAACUUGCAGAAAACUCAUAAAACAUUAAAAAUUGUUCACAAUAAAGAUGUGUUAUUUAUGAGAAUGUAAUAAGUAUGGACAGGAGAAGGGCAGGUGUUGCUGCUAAUCAUUGUAUUUGUUGGUAGUUCAUGAUUGUGUUGCUGAAAUUGAUACUGAAGUCUUUUUUUCAUGCUGUGUUGCAAAUUUAGGGCAAAUUCCUGGUUGUGCUAAAAGUUGACCUAAAAUCUCACUACCAUGCAAAAGAAAGGACGUAAGGAAUUGUAGGAUGAUUUGAGCUCCCUUGCAAUAAUACAAAAAAAAGGUUUCUGAGGAAGAGAGCUAGGAAUGUGCUAAAAAAAAACCCUAAUGGUUUUGUAGCCUCAGAUCUCAGAUCACAUUUAAAAAAAAAAAAACUACUUAAGAUGGUUCUGUGAAGGUCCUGAGAUUUAAGCUUGUGACCUUCGGCUCUGUAAGGGCCGUGUUCAGAGUUGGCGACUUAAGUCCAAAUGCUGCAUCGAUAUUUUUAUGAAGAAAGUUCUGUGUAUUCAGACUCGGGUUACGCAGCUAGUUAAGUCAGUUUUCUGGCUGCCCUACUGAGAUUAUGCAAAACAGCUACACAAUCCGAGGUUGCCAGAUUUAUCUUGAGUACUAGUGUCUGAGACAAUGUAUUGUAAUAGUGCCUUUAAACUAAAAGCGCUUGCCUUUAAACUAAAAAAAAAAAAACAGAGUUAGAAAGACCAGAAUGAAGAAGGAAAUAGAGGUUUUGUCUUUGCUGUAAAAUAUGAUGCAACAAGAAAAGCAAGAGACAAUACAAAAAUAAUAAAUUAAAAAGACUAAUAUGAUUAGGAGUCUAGUAUAUUGGCAGUAUAUUGCUGCAUGAAUAGUCCUAGUUGUAAUUAUCACAUUAAUCACUGGUUUAAUGUAACAAAAUGGCUUCCACCCUCAUUAUUCAGUAGUUAUAAAAUAGCACUUGAUCCAGUGCAUCUUAUUAUUUUGCACUUUAUUCUUUAUAAAGAAUACUUUCAGUUGCGCCUUGAUAAAGCCAAGACAUACUAAAUACUGAACUUGUAAUGUGCGCAGCAUGUAGGCUGUUCUAUCAUUCAGUGAGAAAUCAUGCCCAUGCUUUGAAGGAUAAGCUGACCAAGCACUCCUCUGCUACUUUUAUAGCUCACCUUAAGUUAAUUCAUAAAUUUAUCCAUAAAAUUUCUAUCUUCGAGAUAAUCAGUGUCUCCGAUUAAGAUCUUUUCUCCUAAAUAAAUAAAUAAAUAAAUAAUUCAUAGACAUUAAAGGGGCAAUGCUAUGUAAGGAAUAACACAUGAUGGUGCAUGCUGUUAUAGGACAAUAAUCAACACAAGGGUGUUAUAAUACCACAGUGAUUUGUCAAUGCUUACAAUUUUUACUUUAUUAAUGAACAACACAUUGCACUUUUUAACCAUUUAUAGUUACAUUUAAUGUUGUGGAAUGUCCGCCUAACUCAACUCUGAAUACGGCCCUGACGCAGAAUCUUUAACAGGUUAGACGGGUCAUUAAAAGGCAGUAGAAACCUGAUUUCUUGCUAUCAUGCUAAGGAUUGAGUACAUCUUAGAAAAGAGAAGACAAAUGACAUGCAGUUUCAAUGUUUCUUCAUGUCCUCGGAUGUUUUUCAAGGUUAUUUUAUUGUUUCAAUCUUUAAACUGUGUGCAUUCAAAAGGACAUAGUCAACAAUAUUAUUAAGGGACAACCAAAAAUGUUGUAUGACACACAGCACUAAAAAAAUAAUGCUUCGUCUGUUCUGGAAAAAUUCUGACUUGAACCUGAUCUUCUUUUCAGACACAAAUUGUUUCAGCAUUUAAGCCAAAUGAACAGUAUUUGUUUUAAAUAUUAUUGUUCUGAAAGCAAAAAAAAAGUAAAACAGAUUACAUUUCUCUGAUCAUGUCGCUGUCUUUUGUAUUCUCAUUCUAUGCAUUUUUACAGUAACGAGAAACGAACGCAAAUAAAAUCUGCCUGGUAAAAAAAGUCAGAUCACUUGAAUGGGAUAAAGGGAUUCACUUAUCACGCACAGUUAUGAAUAAACUGAACUAGCUAGCUAGCUAAUGUUAGCUGCUCAAUAA